UGCCCGUUUGUAGCGCCUGUUACCACCGUGGUGAUAUCGCCAACUACCGUCACUGCCACGAGCUUGACUACCUCGUCGAUGGUAUCUUGGUGGAAUGUGAGGCUUGCAAAGAAUACCUUCCAUUCCCCACCUUAGCUUCGCACCAGUUGGAGAAUUGCUCAUUCAAGCAGACGUUGCUAAAGAUUGGCCCAGGCUCAAGGGCCCGAAAAAAUGUGUGUGAUGAAGAGAAAACCGAAAGUCCUUCGGUGGGCAGCAAUAGUAUCCAUGGGAAAAACGAGCGAAUGCCUCCACUCGAGGUUGGUAAAAUGGACAAGCACAUUGUUCACAGUGAUGAGUCUGGGAAUGAUGAUGACUCAUGUGAUGAUAACCAUGGCACGUGUGAGCAUGUGUUCAGUUGUGAAGAUUAUUCUAUUGACAAAAUGGAUGAAGGGAAGGAAGUUGAAAAUCCUGAGACUGUGAAAAGAGUGACCAAGAAUGCCUUCAAGACACCUCGUGAGAAAGCAGAGAUUGCAAUGCCAAAUGGGCAGAAAACAGUAUUAAAUGUGCUGGGCAAUUUGGAGGUGUCUGCGCUCUUUUGCAUUGUAUCCUUAUUCCCCAGCUUGCAAAGUAGAGGCCAACUCACAGAUAUGAGAAUAUCAGACUUUAUCCUCAUUUCAGAUGAAGAGAAAAUUGAGAGACUUUCAACGUGCUGCAGUUGUAUCCAUGGAAAAAACAAGCAAAAAGCUCCUUAUGGGGUUGGUAAAAUGGACAAGUAUAUUGUUCAUGGUGACGAGGUUGGGAAUGAUGACUCAUCCGAUGACAACCAUAUCUAAAGUGGUAUGUGGACUACAGUUUGAUGAUGUGCCACCGGUGGGGCACAAUGGGGCUACAGGCCACUCGUAUGCUCAGCAUGAGUAACCCAUAUAUAGUAUUAUUCAAUAAGCUCAGCACUAAUCUGGCAUUAGCCAUGGGCCAAUCAAAUUGCUAUCGCUGAUGCUUACUACGUACCGGAUUGAAACGCCCCGGCC